AUGCCAUGCGCGCGUCCCUCUCUUCCCCAGUCCCCCCUCGCUGCCACAGCUCGCUGGUAUGGUGCCCUUGGCCCACUGUCGUCAUGCGCCUUCCUCCCCUACCCCUCCCUUAUCACUCACUUGUCGCUCCAAUGUGUUUACCAUUCGUUCGUUUGUUCGUUCGCCCCGAUUGCUUUCUUCGACGUGCUUUCUUGCCGGACGUUGGUUUCACCUGCUCUUGCUCUCUGCCACCUGCUCUUGCUCUCACUGCCACUCGGUCUUGUGCUCUCUGCCGCUGUGCCUGGUUGCUCCUCGUGCAGAGCCAGCAGAGGGCGGCAGUGGGAUGACGCACGGCGGGCAACACUGCUGCUGCGCGCCCUGCUGACCACUGCUCGCCUCUCCGGGAGCAGAGCGGACUCAAGGAGGCACACAAGCGCGGGGCAGGGAGCGCAGGGAGCGCAUGCAAGGGGAGCACGCCUGCAUGCUCCUUCGACCCUCUUCAAUCCGGCUAAGCAAUCUCACUCAAUUCGCACUGUCCACGCACCACACACUCGCUCGCACUCGUGCCUUCCACUGCUUGCUUGCACUCUCGCCCUCCUCCUCCUCUCGCCGCUCUCACAGGCGGCACCAAGGGACCCUCCCCAGGUGUGUGACAGCAGCAUCCCUCUGCCUGCUUCCCUCUGCCUGCUUCCCUCUGCCAGCACACCUACAGGCCGGCAGCAGCAGAAAGCAUGGAGGAGCAGUGGAAGCAGCGUGGGCGAGCGGGAGAGGCGAGUGGUGGGAUGA